AUAAACCUAGACCUUAUCUCAUUAUCUCAUCGCAUCUGUUACGGUCUUUUGCUCCAACCGCGGGUCCCCAUUCUCAUUCUCUCGUCUAUUUCAAUAUGGUCGCCACACCGCACGCCAAUAACUGACGGCCCUCAACCUCGCUUUUACACAGAUCGCCCUCCAUUCACAGUCUCGCUUCUACACAGACGGUCCUCAAGCUCUCGGCCCGCUUCUCACAGGAUUUUUGAUAACAUUGUUUGAAGAUUUCCAAGUCGGAAACUACAAUAUUUCAGAGGAGAAAGAGACUGGAGCUUUCAAAUCCAAAUCUUGUAUCAUCUGAGUUCAGCUGGCAUAAUUUGAGGUGCCAGCAGCCACAAAAUUUGGCAUGGGAUUAGCUGACAGGGCAGUUGGAUUUUUGUUAUCAUUCAUCAGUUUAUCUAUCUUUACUUAUUAUACUUUCUGGGUCAUUAUCCUGCCAUUUGUAGAUAGUGAUCACUUCAUCCACCAGUAUUUCCCGCCACUAGAAUAUGCCAUACUGAUACCUGUAUUUGCCGGUGUCACGCUUCUGUUCUUUCUAUGCGUUUUUAUUGGAAUGGUGAUCCUUAAAUCCAAAAAGAAGAAGCCAUAAUGCUAAUUCUCGUCAUUAUCAUGUAUUCUACUACAUUCUAGAAUUCCAAACCUUUUUUUUCACUUAAUAUGAUUUUGAUAGCGAGUGCAGUUGUCAGUAUGAGUUGCUUUCUAACAUUUCUAAUGAUUUGCUACUUUAGAUUUGAAGCCUGAAGUUUCAUAGAUGCAAUUGACAGUGUUUUUUUAUUAUUUUAUGACAAUAAUAUAAACUUUCCAACU